AUGCAAAGUGACAAGAGUAACCAAGUUGCGGUACUUUUCAAUGACCAUCCUGAUUUGCUAGAAGAGUUCAUUGAAUUCUUCAAAGAUUCAGUUACUCCCAAUCCAUUAUCUAGUUUACUCUUUGCAUUAGAUCCCCUCUUGCCCUAUGGCUAUGAUAUAAUCCUUAACGAUGAAGUCAAGCCUCCUUUGAAGAAAUCAAUUCACUUUGAACAAGUAUUCAACUUUGUGAGCAAAAUAAAGAAACGUUUAGUAAAUAACCAUGAGUACAAAUCCUUCAUAGAUAUUAUGAACAAGUGUAGGAAGGAGCGCAAGGAUGUCAAAGAGGUGUACCAAGAGGUUGCCGUACUUCUCAGUGACCAUCCAGGUUUGCUAGAUGAGUUUUCUGGAUUCUUGCCAGAUUCAGUUACUACUAAUCCGUUGUCUAAUUUAAACGGUGAUAAAAAUUGA